CACUGUUGUGUCACAAAGUAAUCAGAGCCGUCCACUCGAUCAAAAACCCUAAUUCCCUCGCUCAUAUAUUAUUUCCCAAACUCUCUCUCGCGCCUCUUCGAGCUCACAAUCACUUACACACAGAGAGCCACCAAAAGCCCUAAACAAGGAGAUCCAAAACCCAGAGCAGCAACCAUGGCGACCCCAGCUAUAGAGUCCGUUCAGUGCUUUGGCCGAAAGAAGACGGCGGUGGCAGUGACCUACUGCAAGCGGGGGCGCGGCCUAAUCAAGAUCAACGGCUGUCCGAUCGAGCUGGUGGAGCCUGAGAUCCUCCGGUUCAAGGCCUACGAGCCGAUCCUUCUGCUCGGACGACACCGUUUCGCCGGCGUCGACAUGAGGAUCCGUGUCAAAGGUGGAGGCCACACGUCUCAGAUCUACGCAAUCCGCCAGAGCAUCGCCAAGGCCCUUGUGGCGUUUUACCAGAAAUAUGUGGAUGAACAGAGCAAGAAGGAGAUCAAGGACAUCUUGGUCAGGUACGACAGAACUCUCCUCGUCGCUGAUCCCAGGCGCUGCGAGCCCAAGAAGUUCGGUGGUCGCGGUGCCAGAGCUAGGUUCCAGAAGUCUUACCGUUGAGAGAUACUCAGCUCACCUUUUUUCCAUUUAUGUUAUUUACUGUCAUUUCCAAUGAUCUUAUCACUGUUUUGGCUUAAUUUCUAGUUUUGAGUUUUGUUAUGGAUUUUUGAAGUGUUUGGUAAAACCUUGGUUUGGAUAUUUAUGCUUAGUUAUAUUUUCAUGCUAUUUUCAGGAAAGAUUUAAUCUUUCUUGGGUUCUAUC